CAGAAUGGGCAGAGAAGACAAAAUUAUCAUUUCGUUGUGAGUUGUCGAACGAGAAACAUGAAGUUCCUGCUGCUUACCGUUGUCUGCGCCGUGGCCGUCUCAGCCAAGCCAUACGGCCCCAUGGCCUACGGAGGUGGCAUAGGCAUGGGUAUGCCUAUCGGUGGUAUGGGCAUGGGCGGCAUGGGUAUGGGAGGUAUGGGAGGCAUGGGAGGCAUCGGAGGCGGCCAGUACGGUGCUGGACAGCAGUUCGGCGGCGGCAGCUCAGGGUUCGGAGGUGGAUCAUCGGUGGGAGGUGGAAAGCAAGGAUUCCAGCAAGGUGGACAACAGAGCAGCUUCCAUCAGGUAACCUCAGCCCAGCAGUCAUCCGGUGGAGCAUCAGGCGGUUCCUCCGGCUUCGGGGCUCAGCAAGGAGGUGGUGGCUUCAACAACUUUGGAGGGGGAUCGUCUGGCUUCGGAGGAAGUGGUUUCGGAAACUCGCUGGUCGGAAAGUAGAUGAUGAUGAUGGCAGAAUUUCCAAUGAAGAUUUGAAGUAUAUUGUUGAAGAUUUAAAGAUUUCUAUAGUAGCAGAAAUACAUACAUUGGAAACAUCUUCAGAAGAAACAAAAUUGCAGACAGGAUCAACAACUACAGUUUGAAAAGUGUAGGACUUUUGGGCUCAAAUGUUAUUGUGACAUAUUUUCUGUUGGAAAUUUGCCUGAUUUGUAAAAAAAAACGAUAGGAAAUGAAUCAAUAAAGUAUUAUUUAUAUAUA